ACGAGUCUUGUUUGAAACGUGUACGUGUACAGUUCGAAAGUGCGGCCGGCCAAUUUAUGGAAACAUUUUUUUUUGAAGUGAAAUUAAAAGUUAAUAUCUAAUUGAGAGCAAACGCAAGAACCUCAAAAAAAAAUAAUUGGUUACAGAAAAAAUUACAAAAAUCGCUGAAAAAAUGUGAAACAAACAAAUCGGUACAACAUUUGUGGUAAUAUAUAUAAUUCAUAUAUGAAGAAUUAACCACUUAAUUGAAAAAAGUGUGACGCAAAAAUUAAGACUAAAAGCAAAAAAUACUCCUCCAAUUCGAACUUAAAAAAAUAAUUGUUUUUAAGAAAACAGAAAUUGUGAAAAAAUUUAACAAAAACCAGAACUAUAGCAUAAAAACGAAACAAGAAUGGGUUUUUCAUCGGCCCUACAGGGCCGUGCCGCGCACGAGGCAUUAAUCGUGCGCCAAGAUGCCGAACUGCGCCUCAUGGAGACCAUGAAGCGGUCCAUACAAUUGAAAGCCAAGUGCGAUCGGGAAUAUGCGAUCGGUUUGGCUGCGGUUGCACAACAGGGUAUGAAAAUCGAUCGCGCCGAUGAAAUGCAAGGUAGCCUCAUAACGAAAGCCUGGCGCUCCUACAUGGAUGAAUUGGAUCAUCAAGCAAAACAAUUCAAAAGCAAUGCAGAACUACUCGAAGUCGUCUGCGAAAAGCUGACACAUUUAUCACAGGAUAAACGUAAAGCACGCAAAGCUUAUCAGGAGGAGCAUGCCAAGAUCGCAGCGCGCCUCAAUCAU